CCGCAUUUUGGCAGAAAGUACAAUGUCGACCAGCCGCAAGUUAAAGAGUCAGGGCAUGAGGAGGGGCAAGAACAGAACUCCUCACAAGGGAGUCAAGAGAGGCGGCAGCAAAAGAAAGUAUCGGAAGAGCAGCCUGAAGAGUAGAAAACGCUGUGAUGAUGCCAAUCGCAAUUUCCGCUCCCACUUGUGACUCCACCAGCGGGCUCUGCCCUGGUGGACUUUGAAGGACACCAGGCAGCAACCGAACAGAAGGGGGACUGCCAAGGAGACCUGAAGUUAGACCAAAGCCAGAGAAGAACUUAUCAUGUGGAUAAAAUGCCAGUCAUGACAAAAUGAGGCAUGUAUAUGUUGGCUGUUUCUCCCCAACAUCUCAAUAAAAAUUUUGAAAGCUGAA